UCGUGUGAGCGUGAGUCGUUGCCGCUAUGUGAAUUAUGAACAAUAUUCUAAGAGCUUCUUAAGCUUCACCUUACGCUCCUCUGAUGGACACUGACCAAAUGUGAGUAGAUGUUUUCGGUAAAGAGAAGGAACCAGAUACCACGAGCCAGAGGUCAUGCCUGUGUUGUGAGGAAAUGUGUGCGUGUGGGGGUGUGUGAUCUUAUGGUGCAAUCAUGACAAGGACAACAGUGACUAAAAUCUUCAUCCUCGUGAUCCUCGCCUUCAUCAUCUGCCUCCCAGAGUUCUUCUCGCUAUACAGAGUAUCAAAAGUUAACUUCAUCUGUCUGCCCUACCGACGCUGUGAGCGAGGGAAUCAGGUGAAGAGGGGGAGAAUGGGAAGAUGGAGGGACUGUGUGACCCUUCUCAGAGUGCAGAGGUGGAAAAGUGGGAGAAGGCCUGCACGGAGGAGAAGCCCAGCAACAUGACAGAUGCUGGACCGGACUCAAGGAGAGGCAGCAGUGCUUCAGAGAACGGCUGGUUCAUGUGUCAGGCUGACAGGGACAUGGCCGAGUUAUACAGCAACAUCUCAUCCUCAGCCGCUGCUGGAUAUCUGGAAGUGUCGGUGGAGCUUCAGCUGGGCGAAGCAGAAACCCUGAAUCUCACCUUGUACGGCCCCAACAACAGCUCCUUGGACCUGCACCCACCUGAGGAGCAGGAGGAGGAGAGGGAUGAGAGGAAGGGUGAUAAAGGACAGAGGGCAUUUUACUGCUGUCUCCCUGAUGUCCUGCCCACUUCGGAGUCGACCAAUCAAAGCCGCUGUCUGCUUUGGCUCGCCAAUCAAACCGUUUCCACCGCAACAGCUAAGAAAAGGCUGCCAUGGAAACGGACAGGGAAAGAGUGGUAUACGGCCAGGGUGCUCUGCUUCGCUCUUCUGUGUGUGCUGCUCCUGACUGUAGUUAUGUAUGUGCUUGGAGAGCUCUACCUGAGGACACGCUCACGCAAAAAGCCCAGAGUGCAUCCUGUUUACAACUAUACUGGGCAGCAGUUUGACGAUGGGGAGGAGCACACAGAAAUCUUAACUCCAACAGUCCCUCACUUCUGUGGCUCACGGCGUUGGUCAGAACUGUCACCCAUAAAAGAAGCUCAGUCUCAAGAAGACAUAGAAACUCUGCUGGAUGGAAAUGUCAACAACUGCUAUACUGCAAAUCUGCAUCAUCGUGGUCAUCCAUCCAUCUCCUCCAUCACAGAGGGGCAGCAGCAGGAGAGGAGCACUGAAACGGACUUCAAUGAAAAAUAA